CAUUCAAUUGCAGGUGAAAGCAGGCCACAGAGGAGACCUCUUCCGUCAACUCCUGCAGACAAACCACUUCCAUUUUCAGCAAGCCGUCCUGCAGAUCCUUGGCCUACCCGCUCUGUACCCAAAGUUCCCCCACCUAGCCUAGCAACCAAUGAUCCAUGGACUGGAGGAAAGGAGCUCACCAACCGGCACUCACUGCCCUUCACAUUGCCUUCACAUCUUGAUGAGAGAAAAGACCGCCAUGGUAGCACACUGAGCUUAGACAACCCUGCAACAAGUGCCAGUGUGGAGCUGUUGGCAGGU